AAAUAAUUAAAAAUCGGUUCGUCCUUUUUCAAGCCAAUGAAACAUUAGACAGUUGUCGGAAUAUAAUAACCACUCAUUAUUUGAGUUACAAUGAAGAUAAAAAGGCAAAAGCAGGCGAAGAAGACCAUAAGUUUUUACAAGUACAACUUCGGUUUUCGUGAGCCUUAUCAAAUUUUGAUAGACGGGACGUUUUGUCAGGCAGCCUUGAAGAAUAAAAUUCAAAUCAAAGAACAAAUGCCAAAAUAUUUUAUGUCGGAAGUACAGCUUUGCACCACAAACUGCGCAUUGAAGGAACUGGAAACACUUUCCAAGGAACUGUAUGGGGCUAAACUCGUCUUACAACGAUUUCAGAUACGGAAAUGCAAACACAUGAAAGAUCCCGUGUCGACUUCGGAGUGUUUGUUGUCGUUACUGGAGGACUCGAACCGCAAUCAUUACUUUGUUGCAACGCAGGACAAAGAGCUGACUUCAGCCCUGAGGGAGAUCCCCGGCGUUCCCUUGCUGUACAUCGUCCUCAACACCAUCGUUCUGGACAAGCCGUCUUCUCGUUCGCUGAAACACGUCGAAGCCGUUCAGCUGGGAGAACUGGUGACCCCUUCCCAGCAGCACAGCAUCCGUAGCCUGAAGGAAGAGCAGGGGAUCGGGGAGGACGGAGAGGAGCGACGAGGCAGGAAACGGAAGAGAAAGUCGGGAAACCCCAACCCUCUGAGCUGCCUGAAGAAGAAGAAGAAGAAGAAGGAGAAAAUGGCCGCCCCACAGCUGCCCAGAAAGGAUGACGGAGAGAAAAAGAAACGCAGCAGGCACAGGAAACGAAAGGGCCAAGGAGGAGAGGCCCCUCACAUCAGCACAAACUCCACAAACCCUUAACGGCAGCGGCUAGUCCUUCAUCAGUGCCCGCAUCAUCAGUGUCUCUCGUUCCGUUUGACCUAUGACCUGUGCACCUUCACAGUCUAAAUCUACAGUCGUCAAACAGCUCAAAGACUGUAACCGCCCAUCUGAUUUCAUGUUUGUUGUGAGUUUUAGUUUAAAAAAAGGGGGAGGGAAUCAUUCCUAAGUAAGCUUUGAUUUUGUUCACAUUAAUGGCGUAUCGCCAGUUUUGUUGUGCCUGAGGAGAACUCGACUCAUAUUCCUGCUUCUGACUUUCACCAGCCGAGUAUCUCUCUGGAUUUUCAUAUUAUUUGUUUUGUUCUGUGUGGUCCUUUGAGUCAAAACGAAAUGUAAUCUCUCGCUAUCUGCUGAGAUAUUGUCCGUUGAAAAAUAUUGUUCUUAGAGAUUGUGAUCCUUUGAACCUUAAAGCACCUCCUUCUCCAAAACUAUGAGGAAUACUGAGAUCAGAUUUUAUGUUUGAUCUCUAGAGGAUGUGCAGACAAACUGUUGUUUAACCCAGAACAGUCUUAGAUCAGCCAAUAAUGUAAAAAACACCCACACGUCUCCACAUUGUGUGAAAUGUAUAGUGUCAUGGGGAUUACAUUAAUACUGGUCUAAUGCUGUCAAAGAGAUAUAUAAUCAUUUAAACAAACAUGGUUAUGGUCUUCAUGUCAUGCC